AUGAUCUUCUCAAGAGGAUGUACAGACUCCAAGGGAAAGGAUGCUUCAUGCCAACAAAUAUGCCCUGGUGUUUCCGACUACUCCAACGGUCUCAAGCCGGUAAAAGCUUGGCGACUCCAAACGUGCGACUCGGGGGAAUACUGUUGCCGCGGCGCCGACGAUACAAAAAGCUGCUGCGACAACGCAAAGGCACCGAAAGUCACAACUACGUUCAGCGCUACCCUCCAGUUACAAACUCCAACUGCAACCAAUCCUGUUGCAGAAGUCGUCGCAACCGCAGUCUCUACCGGAACCCCCUUCGAAGCCACUACCACACCAACCGCCCAUGCGUGCGCCAAAGAGAAGCGAGAGACUGCAAUAGUCGGCGGUACCAUCGCAGGUGUAUUCAGCAUGCUGAUAGCGGGCCUGUCUGCUACUGUCUACUGGAUGUACAAGAGGGAGAAGAGGCAGCGCAAGCUAAAGGAACACUACGAGGAGCAGUUCUCGCAGACCAACGCGUAUCGAAAGGCGUUGGCUUCGAGCGCAGGGUCUUGCAGAGGCAGUGUGCUCCUGGACGAGCUAAAACUGAAGUCUAGUGCUUCAGAGUAA